AUGAAGAACUCUGUUUAUGAAGGGGAGUGGGCUGAGGGUUCGAAGCAUGGUUCAGGGGUGUUGUUCUACUCUAGUGGUGACAUCUACCAGUCCGAGUGGCAGACUGGCUACCAUCACAAGCUUUAUGCUGACGGCUCGUCUUACGCGGGAGAAUGGCUGGAUGGAUUGUGGCAUGGCAAGGGCGAGCUGAGGUACGCGGAUGGCAAAAGUUUUACAGGAGAGUUUCAUGAGGGACAGCGACAUGGCAGAGGUCUGCUCAAGGAUCUCGAUGGAUGCUUCUACGAAGGAGAGUAUGCCAGGGGCAAGCGCCAUGGCUGGGGCAGAACCCUCUACAUCACAGGCCAUCUGUAUGAGGGAGAGUGGAGCCAAGACAAGCGGGCCGGCCGGGGGGUGAUGUACGACCCGGACGGAACUCGCCAUGAUAUCAGGCCCUGA